GCGCACUUCAUUGUUUUGACUGAAAAUGCCGUCGGUUUCGAAAACGGCGGCCAAUGCGUCUCCUCAAACCGAGAAACCUACCCACUAUACAUACUUGAAGGAGUUCAGGACAGAGCAGUGCCCGUUGUUCCUCCAGCACAAGUGUACGCAGCACAGACCCUUUACGUGCUUUCAUUGGCAUUUUCUCAACCAGCGACGAAGGCGACCCAUCAGAAGAAGAGACGGGACCUUUAACUACAGCCCGGACGUCUACUGCACCAAAUACGACGAGACCACAGGCAUCUGCCCCGAUGGAGACGACUGUCCUUAUUUACACCGGACCACUGGUGACACAGAGCGCAAGUACCAUCUACGAUAUUACAAGACUGGCACUUGUAUCCAUGAGACGGAUGCUCGAGGGCAUUGUGUGAAGAAUGGCCUGCACUGUGCUUUUGCUCACGGGCCACAUGAUCUGCGACCUCCGGUCUAUGAUAUCAGAGAGAUACAAGCACAAGAGGCCCUCCAGAAUGGACAGCUGGGGUCUGGGGAAGGGAUUCCUGACUUGCAGCCUGGUGUGCUCGCCAGCCAAGCUAUGAUUGAGAAAACUCUAACAGAAGACCCCCGGUGGCAAGAUACCAACUUUGUUUUAGCCAAUUACAAAACAGAUCAGUGUACUAAGCCCCCAAGACUAUGCAGACAAGGCUAUGCCUGCCCCCACUAUCACAACAGCAGAGAUCGAAGGAGAAAUCCACGGAAAUUCAAGUAUAGGUCAACUCCAUGCCCGAAUGUGAAGCACGGGGACGAGUGGGGGGAGCCGUCCAAGUGUGACAGUGGGGACAGCUGUCAGUAUUGUCACUCUCGCACUGAGCAGCAGUUUCACCCGGAGAUCUAUAAAUCUACCAAAUGCAAUGAUAUGCGACAAACUGGAUACUGUCCCAGAGGGCCGUUUUGUGCGUUUGCACAUGUAGAAAGAAUCCCGUCGACAGAAGAGACCAUGAGCUCUUUGCUCACGGCGAUACAGUCGAGUUCGCAGUCCCAGCUGGGCUCUCAGCAGUAUUCGGAGUGUCCGGUCUCCGACUGGAACAGUGGAGGAAACUCCACCAGCAUCGCAUCCAGUAGCAAUGGACAAGUAGGAAGUGUUUCAUGUUCUAAUAGCUCGACUUUAACGCCCAGCUCAGGAAGCGACAGUUUGUUAUCCCCAGUGGGAUCCAUCAGCAGGCCCAAAUCCAUAACUAAUCAUAGUUUAUGUUCAGAGUCCACCACAUCCAGUGUCUCGUCUCUGACGUCUAACUAUCCCAAAGCUCCGGGCUUUGAACGAGAGGAUCAGAUUAAAAACAAAGGGCAGGUGGAUCAAAAAUUGUUGGACCAAGAAAAACAGACACAAAAUACUGUAUUUUCCUCGGUGAACCCUUUGGCUACGAGCUUUACCUCCAGUAUCACGUCGAGCUUGGCCUCGAGCAUCGGCUCGGACAGCUCCUCACCCACCACCUUAUCAACCAUGAAUGCAAAAGCCACUCCCUUCUACCCGGGCAGCAACACCGUGGAGUCCGUCAUAGAUUUGUUUUGUUUCCCUUCAGGAUCCGCCCUGGACCUGAACUUCAGCGACAUCAACGUCGCAUCUCUCGAUAAGGAGCUCGAAGAGCAAGACAGCCACGUGGGGCUAGCCAGUCAGAGAGUCUUGGGCGGAUCCGCUCCCGUUAACAUUCCCGGCUCCCUGGCUCGGUCGUCGUCCUUCAACUCCUCGUCGUCGCUGUCCACCUCCCCGCUCAGCUCCCUCUCCCAGUCCCUGUCUCAGUCCCUGCUGUCCGGAACCGUGUCUCAGCAAAAUCAACCUUCGAACCUGUUGGCGAAGCAGGAGCACGGCCUCCUGGGAACGCCCACCUCCUCCUCCCAGAACUCCCUGGGUUUGAAUGGAGGCGCCAACAACAUCUGGGACUUUGUGAGCGGCAGCUUCUCGCCGAGUCCGUCUCCGGUCUUCAGCAGCCUGACCUCCACCACCAGCAGCGCCGACCUGGCUCGCCUCUUCAGAGAGCUGGACGAGGCCAAGCGGAAGAUCAAGCAGUGGGAGGAGGCCUGGCACCAAGUCAAACAGGCCUGUGAAGCUUGCCAGAAAGACGCCCACGAGGCGAAGGAGCAGGCGAAAUCGGCCGAGGCCGAGCGGCAACUGGCGGAACAGAAGUGGGAGGAGACCGAGCGCAAGCUGAAGGAGCUGCAGGGGGACUUUGACGUGCUCUGCCGCACCCCCGGGACGCCCCUCCUACGUAGCUACGGCGAGCUGGACCAGCUCCCCCUGUCGAAGCUCCACUCCAUCCAGAGUCAGCUGCGUAAUGACCUAGACGUUAUAGACGGGGUAAUAUAUCAGCUUCAGUCAAAGAAAUGUAUAGUUUGCCAAAAGCAUGAUCGUUGCAUUGUUCUGCAGCCUUGCCAACAUUAUGUACUAUGUGAGAACUGUGCGCCUAGUAAAACAGAAUGUCCCUACUGUAGAACCAAGAUACUGAAGUGGUGAUGUACAAUUUACUCAAGGUACUAUUUAAAGAUUAGCCCUUUGAAAAACUACUAAUAGAUAUUAAGUUUUCAAAAUGGCAAUGUCUAUUUCAUACAGUGAUUAAGUUACUUUAGGAUUAAAUGAUGUUUGACUGAAACAGUAAGUAGAAUUAUAAAUAAUUUUUCUGCUGGGGAUUUAGUCUUUUUUUUCUUUUUCUAUUGGUUUUUUUUUUUUUUUUUGCUCAUUUUAUGUCUAUUUUACAUCAAGCAACCAGAUAGCUUUCUGUAUAAAAGCCAUGCACUCAGUAUAGAAUAUUAAAUUACCUUGAAGUUCUCACAUCUUCAACCAUGAUGCAAAAUGAAAGCAGAAAUCGAGGGUCCAGAUGAAUGCAUAAAGUUUUGGUUUCCAAAAAAAAAAAAAAAAAAAAAACAAGCAAGCAUCGCUGUUUAAACACAAUGCACUUACAGUAAGCCCAUCAAACACUCAGCACACUAAGAUGUUCAGACUGUGAACUGCAUCCAGAUGAACCUUUACCCCCCCAGAGGUGGCAGCCGCUCCACUUCAUGCACUUAAAGUAAAAAAAAACAAAAAAACAAAACAGCAUCUGCUCAGACCAGGAUGCAGGAUAUGUGUGUGUGAAAGCUCAUUAAAAAGGUUUUCACUAAAUCUGUUACCACUACAAAAAAAAAGAGAGAGAGAGAGAAUUCAACAAACCUCCACUGUGAUUUUAAUGUUAUGGUUUCGAAUCGAAUGAUCUCAAACAUAAAAUGAGCAAAACGUGUUUUUCUUUAGUUAAAGAGGAAUACGGUCAAAGGUGAAUUAUGUUUGGGAGCCUUUUGGGAGCAAAUCAGGAAACCGGAUAUGAUUGAGAGGGUUCAUGGUGUUUGUUUGGGUUCGGGGGGGAAACGAGUGCAGCUGCAGUAUUUCAAUCAGCUUCAACAGCGGACAGAACCACGGCGUUAAGAAUCGUUCUUAUUUUCAACACUAUGAAGGAUAUUUGAUCUAAAACUCAAACUCUGUGGCCGAAGUAUCGAUCAACGUGAACGAACGCAGCCGAACUCCAGUGUUCCUCUUUAAAUAAAGCCCAUAUUUUAAUAAUAAACCCCCCAACAACAACAACAACAAAACAAUUUUCGAUCACUUCUCAGUGACUCCAGUCAAGCAUCAUUAUUUUGACCAACUUUUUCUGAAGAUUAUUUCUUAUUAAAAAAAAAAAAAGCACUUUGUUGACCUGGGACUUUACUAAAGGGUGUAUAGAAAUUUGCUUUAAGCUGCUUUGUAGGUUUUCUUUUGUGUCUUUUUUCUUCUUUUUUUUUAAGAUUUAUACUUUUUUUUUUUUCUACAUAAGCUAAUGUCUGAAGCUUUUUUUUUGUGUACUGUGAAACAUAACUUUAAUAAUUCAUGUUUCCUGGCAUGGUUCUACAUAUUAAGAUUUCAUAGAGAGAAAAAAAUAAAUAAAUAAAGAAUUAAUAGUUUGUACUUUCAUAGUUAGAUUUAUAAAAUUUCAAUCAAAUAAGUGCAAAUUUAAACUUGCAUUUUAGGCAUAACCAGCAGCUGUAAUAUCAAUAAGGCACAUGCUACAUGUUAAGGCUAUUAUUCAAUCAGUUAGGGUUCUUUUCUCUCUUUUUGUAGAAACGUCUAUAGCCUAUCUAUUAGAGAAGCAUGUAUUGUAUUCGCUCAAAGCCUGAAAUGAUGAUUCUUUUUUUUUUUUUUUUUGUAGAAAUCUAGCCUCUUGAUCUUGUCUAGAACAUAUCGGCCUCUAACUCUGAAGUGCCUUGCCUUAGUUCAGAAAGGUUACCCGUAGAAUCGUCGGCAAACACAAGCAGUCGGAGCUUGUGCACAGGUCUCUGCAAACACAUGUAUUAUUUACCUUGCAGAAGUACAUCGACAUGUAUAUGAUUCUAUAUAUAUGUGUGUGUGUGUGUGUGUGUGUAUAAACGAGCAACACGCCAGUGUAUUUGGCCAAAAUCCCAUUUGAGUAUUUCUGCAAACGAUAAUUGAAGUUGAAGAUUGUCAGUGCCUGUGUCCUGACUCCUCCCCCUCCUCCUCCUCCGCCCCGCCCACUCAUUCCUUGGUUGUGGUGCUCUUUUGGUGCAGCUUCAGUCGUUUUGAAAUUAGGUUUUUUCAAUUCAAUGUUUUGGGAGUAUGCAAAACAUAGGACACAUGGAUUUGUAUAGCAAUGUAUAAAAACUGACAACAACAACAACAAAAAAAGAAGCUUUUUCAGUUUGUUUUCUUGUAACACAACUCUGCAGUGAAUGAAGAAUUCCAUAGUUACCUUGUAGGCUGGAUUUUCUGCUUCGGAUGACCUUCUACUGUGUUAAAAAAGAGGAAAAAAAAAACCUUUUUAUUCUUGCUUUAAAUUCAGUAGAAAUCUUGUAUCUCCAGGUACACCUUUUUGCUACUUCUGGAUAUGGGAAAAUGCAUUGUUUACAUUCACACAAAAAUGACAAUUUUAAGCAACUCAGAGGAACAAUAUCUGGAAAGGUUAUGGUAUUUUAGCAAUGUCGUGAUUAUAUUACAGCAUAAAAGGCAGGCUUAACACUUCUGGUAUUGCAUGUUAUGCGAUAUGUUAACCAGCUACAAAAAAAAAAAAACAAAGGAGAAAAAAAAAAAGUUCGCACUGUGUCACACUGCCAGAAUAUUUGUAUUGACUUAUUUUAGUGUAGUUAAGGCUUAAUAACUAAUGCAAGCUUCGCUGCUACUGGAAAAAAAAAAAAGGUAUUAAUGUAGUUUCUUGUUAUACAUUUUAGAUGUUUGAAUGUUCGUUGUGCAUCCACAGCUCAGAUUUUCCGAAAAACUAUGAAAUAAUCUGUCUUCUGCAUCUUAACUUAAUGACUUCUUUGAUUGAAUCGUUUCAUUUGUAAAAUUCAUUUCGAGUCAAAGUUUUCAGUACUUUUGUAAAUCACGUAGAAUGAUGUCAUAGGCCUGUACUACUGUAGAUCGUCCCGCUUUUAUUUUGAAAUGAUUGAAGGUUCAAUGUGUUUUUGUUGGCUUCUUAUUCCUUUUUUUUUUUUUUUUUUUUGGUUCCUUCCCCCUUCCCCUCGUACACUGGAUAGCAGUGUGCUGUGCAGCUAAAUUCACAGGGUUCUUUGGUCUUGUUUUUUUUUUGUUUUUUUUUUUUGUUUUUUGUUUUCGCCUGUGAAGCUUAACGAAAUUAAUGAUGUCUAGUUGUAAAGAAUCUAAAAAUGAACCAAAGUGGUGUUUUUAGUAGCUGUCCAAAUAUGUAUUUUAAUAAACAAACAAAAAAAAAGGGAAAAAUUUACCCGGGAACAGAAUCCAGACGCUUGCUCUGUCUGAAGUUUAGAAGUGACAAAUCAGAGCGGCGGGGCGGCGGGUUUGAGUAAUGAAACAAAGAAUUCUGUUUUCCGGAUGGAUUUUUUUGCUUGAACUUUUCAUUCAGUAAAAGGACGUCUAUUUCCUCUCCGGCGAGUCAGCAGCAGGACUAAGCCAGUGGCUUUUUGCUUACAACAUUAAUGGACUUAGGCCCAUUUUUCGCAGUUUUACCAAAGACCUGUAUUGUUGUUUUUUCUACUACAUUUCAUCAAGAUUCUUUUUUUUUUUUUCUUGUUUUAAGAUGUUAAUCACCUAGUACCUUAAAAUAGAUCAUUUUCAUUAACAGUAAUUAAUGGCAUCUUCUUUUUUUUUUUUUUUUUUUUUUCUAUCUAAAGUCAGUUCUAGUGGUUUUCAUACACGAUGAUCAAAAUGCAUGGGUCGGAUCCUUACAAAAUGUGUUUGUUGUACAUUUGAUUUUGUGUUAAGUAUACAUUGGCAUUGAUGGCAGAUUGUGCAAUACUGGCCAGCACACGGUUUCAGUGUGGGUUUUAAAUCGUUGUCUCCAGUGAAGGACGCUUGUGCUUCUGAAGUGGCCAUAAAACCUUCACUACAGGACUGUUUUGAAGUACAUUUUCUGAGUUGAUGAUUAUUGUUUUUUUUUUUUUUUUUUUUGCGUAUCGAUCUGGAAAAACGACAGAUAUGUUGUUGUAUACUGUUCUGAAAUGCCUGCAGUGACUGUAAGGUGCUUUUGUUUGCGAUGGGACAGAUGAUUGUGAAGCAUCAAUGGCAGAUACAGACUUAAUCGCAACUGAGUUGAUUUGUUUGCGCUCAGUUUGAAUUUUUUCCCCCAAUUCAAGUUUUCCAUAUAUAUUUAAAAAAAAGAAAAAAAAGAAGAAGAAUCAAUCGCUCACUUGGUAAGCACAGCCUGUAUUUAUUUCUAUUUGUUCGAUUUUAUCUCUCAACGGACCAACUACACUUCCAAGUACAUCUGUGCCUUUAAUGAUUACACAAUGUGGACUGAUUGAAGAGAAGAAGGAGGAAAAAAAAAAGAAACCCAUUGAAUUAGAAUCAAAAUUCCAGUGCCUUACGAUCUUUUUGUGGACCACAAUUGUUGAUUGCUAAAUGUCCUGUGAGUUCAGGCCACCAAACAGUCUCAUGAGAUUCUCUUCACCAUUCAGACAGCACGAGGCAAAAAAAAAAACAAAAAAAAAACAACUUUUAAAAACCCAGUGAGAAUUAUCCGUCACAGUCUGUAUUU